UCACUGAUUCCUCGCUCUCAUCAAGGGUAAACCCUAAAUCAUCAUCUUCUCCAGAUUUCCGAUUUUCUCUCUCCUCUCCCAAAAUCAAAAUCAAAAACAAAAAAUCCCUAAAAAAUCAUCUUCGCCGGAAAAGUUUGAUUCAAUUUGGAGUUUCGCCGGAAAUUUUCGAUUUAAUUUGGAGUUUCGCCGGGAAUUUUUCGAUUAUUUUGAGUUUUUCCGGUGAUUGUGGAAUGAACAAAUGUUAUGUUGGGUGGAAGAGAAGAGAGAGAUGAAGACGCAUUGUUGAUCGGAAAAUAUCGAACAUCGGGAAAAUCGCCGGAGAUUCGCCGGAGAUUAUGGCGUCGGCGGUGUUAGUUAGCAGAAAUGAAACGAGUAAUUUUCUCUCACCAAAUCAUCAUCAUCAACCACCAAGAACAACAACGACGACUAAUUACAUGGGAAAAAUCCCUUAUCUUAACCCUAACCCUAACCCUAAUUUCACCAACAAUCACACCAACAACAACAACUUUUCUAGGAAGCAAUUAAACCAUCAAAACGGCGACGAAUUUGUUAAUCCUUCAACGGUUUCCGAUGAUUCGGCGUCGUUUAGUCAUCGGAAAAUCGACGAUGUUUCUCUCUCUCAUUACGUUAGUUACGAUAUUUCAGGUUAUUCUAAGUCGGAGAUUCGUUUGUUGAAGACUCGAUUAAUGUCGGAGCUCGACAAAGUUCGUUCUCUUACUAAUCGAAUUGACUCGAUUAACAACGUUGUCAAGAAACGUCCAUUGCCGUUUCAACAACCGCAGCCGAAACGCGGAAAACACCACCAACAACAACAGCAGCAAUUAUCGUAUGUGGCGAGUCCGCAGGUGAUGAAAUUGUGCACGCAAGUUCUUUCAAAGGUGAUGAAGCAGAAAGCUGGGUAUGUUUUUAAUGAACCUGUUGAUGUUGUUGCAAUGGGAUUACAUGAUUAUCAUCAAAUUGUUAAACGUCCUAUGGAUCUUGGAACAAUUAGAAGGAAUUUAGGGGCGAAAGUUUAUCCUACACCUGAUGAAUUUUCAGCUGAUGUUCGAUUGACUUUUAACAAUGCGUUAUUGUAUAACCCUAAAGGUCAUGAAGUUCAUACAUUGGCUGAGAGAUUUUUGGGGAAAUUUGAAGAGUAUUUUCGGCCUGUUUAUCAUAAGUUUCAGCUGGAGAAGCAGCAUUUUUUGAGGCAGCAGAAGGUUGAAAUUCGGCCAAAAGAAGAUGCUGUUGUUGUUCUUGAUGAAGUUCAAGGGAGUUCUUGGAGUAAAAACCCUUCUCCUGAACCUCCUAAGAUUGAAAUUCCUCCGAAAAAGCCAGAGUUUCGGCCCGAACCCAGGGUUGAACCGCCUCCACAAAGAGUUGUGGAGAGGGUUGUGGAACCUGUUGUGGCGGCACCGGUGCCUGUACCUGUACCUGUACCUGAACCAGUCCAAGCUCCUUCCUUGGAAGUUACAAGAGGUGGGUCAAUGGGGGUUGGGAGAGGGCCGAGUGGCAAGUUGCCAAAGCCGAAAGCAAAGGAUCCGAAUAAGAGAGAGAUGAGUAUGGAAGAGAAGCAUAAGUUGGGAGCAGGGUUGCAGAGUUUACCAGACGAGAAGAUGGCACAAGUAAUACAGAUAAUUCGGAAGAGGAAUGGGCAUUUAACACAAGAUGGGGAUGAAAUUGAGCUCGAUAUUGAAGCUGUUGAUACAGAGACGCUUUGGGAGCUUGAUAGGUUUGUGACUAAUUACAAGAAGAUGGUCAGUAAGAUGAGGAGGCAAGCUUUGAUGGAUAUGCAAAACAACAAUGUGGGUCGUCAUAAUGAUUCUAAUCAGGUUGGUGUUAGUGAGAGGGUGAUGGAAACGACUAAGGCGGUGAAGAGAGGUGGAGGGGAUAUGGGGGAUGAAGAUGUGGACAUUGGAGAUGAAAUGCCAGUUCACAAUUUCCCUCCAGUAGAGAUUGAUAAAGAUGAUGACAGAAAUCAAGGUGGUGGUGGCGGUGGUGCAAGUAGUAGUUCGAGUAGUUCAAGUAGUUCAGGCAGUGAUUCUUCCUCUUCUAGUGAUUCUGAUUCAGGGAGUUCUUCUGGCAGUGAUUCGGAUGUUGAAGAUGCCCAAUCACGCGACAACGAAUCAAAGAACAUUCCCCAUUGAUCAAUUAGGGUGUUCUUAGAUUGUUGAGAUGAAUGGGCUAUUGGGAUAGGUCCUUCUUGAGCUAAAAUUGCAACAUUGUUGUUUGGUAAAACAAGCACUUGUUUUCAAAGAUGUUUCUUUUGUGUGUUGCUGUUGAAACCCACCAAUGGGAUUUGAAAUAUAUAACUGGUUGCUUAGUUUAGACUCAGGAUAAAGACUCAUUUGUACAGAUGAAGAGAAUUAUGAGUAGUUGUUUUGGUUCUUAUUGGUGGGUCUCAACUCUCACAUCUUAUGUUGGUGGGUGCUUGUGAAAGAACAGAAGAAGAUCUCAUGGGUUUUCCUUUUUACCCAAGAAAAGAAUUGAAAAGAGGAAGAAGAAGAAGCUUCACAAAUGUAAUGUAAAGAAAAACAGAGAGAAGAUGAUGUAGGGUAGGGCAGGUUUUUUUAGAUCAGUGAAGUUUAAAAAGAGGAUGAUGUUUUGAGGAGGUUUAGGUAAAAAUGAAGGUAGAAGAAGUUGGUUCUUUUUUUAUAUAUUUGUUUGAUUUGAGAGGAAGUUUUUUAUUUUUAGGAAGGAGAAAGUUGGGAUACUUUUGUACACAUGACAACACCUUUUGCUUAAAUACAAUGAGAAGAUUUAUAAUCUAAA